AUAGUUAGUAGAUAUACUAAGUGCUUUAUGAUUGUGGUUUCCCACAUUUUGAAUAAAUAACAGUAUAACAUCUACCCCCUCUUUUUCCCACAGAAGUUAAGGAGCUAGUUCUGGAUGUCGAGGAGGAGAUCAUGGUGCCUAGCCCCAGGGACGACAGACCCCUCUCCCCACUCUUCCAGCGCUCCGUGUCGGAGGACUCUGCAGGAUCCUCCGCCUCGACCUUGGAGCACGCCAAAGUCCGUGAAAAGCUGUGUGCCUUCUGCUACUGUGGCGAGAGGAGUUUCCUGGGCCAGGGCGACCUGAUGGUGUUUGGCCCCACGCCGGGCUAUGUGCCGCUGCACAUCCGCAACCGACGAGGCAGCUCGGAGAAGGAUGAUGACUAUCACGAAGAUGACUUCCAAGAUGACCACCACGACACCAAGAGCCAAGGGCAGCGCGACGGCGGGAGGGGCCUUAAAAAGGUCAGCUCUCCGGACAGUGGUCUCCACUCCUCCUCGGCACCCGGCAGCACGGACCCCUUCAGUGAGGAACUGGCCCCUAAGUUCUGGGACGAGCUGGGUCAGAUCGGCCUCCCCGACGACAUCAAUGUCCAGUCCCUGUUUGACCCCACAGGCCAGUGCUGUGCCCAUCUGCACUGUGCCGCCUGGUCCGAGGGGGUGUGCCGCGGCGAGGCCCAGGAUUCACUGCUCUACGUGGACAAAGCCAUAGACUCAGGGAGCACAGAGUGCUGUGCAUACUGUAAGCGCCUUGGAGCAUCUAUCAAGUGCUGUGAGGAAGGCUGCUCCCGCUCCUACCAUUUCCCCUGCGCCGCCGCCGCUGGAACUUUCCAGGACCUGCGCCGACACACUCUCCUAUGCCCAGACCACCUCCAGCUGGCCUCACAAAGAUUUAAAGAGGAGGUGAAGUGCUUGUUGUGUGGCAGUGCUGGAGACCUGCAGGACCUGCUCUUCUGCAGCUCGUGCGGGCAGCACUACCACGGGGCGUGUCUGGACGUGAGUGUCACCCCCCUGAAGAGGGCCGGGUGGCAGUGCCCCGAGUGCAAAGUCUGUCUGACCUGCAGGAACCCGGGGGAGGACAGCAAGAUGCUGGUCUGUGACAUGUGCGAUAAAGGCUAUCACACCUUUUGUCUCCAGCCUACCAUGAAAUCCAUCCCCACCAACGGCUGGCGGUGCAAGAAUUGUCGGGUGUGUUCUUUGUGUGGGGUCAGGCAGGCGGGCCAGUGGGCCCACAAUAUCACACUGUGCGAGGGUUGCCACGGGCAACCAGAGGAGCCCGCCCCCGCCCUGCCAUGCCCACUGUGUGUGAGGGACCAGGGCCGCGGGGACGCCCCUAAGGACCUCCUCCUCACCUGCCACACAUGCAAGAGGUGGCUUCAUGGUGAGUGUGAGAUACAGGCAGGGGGCAACAUGGACCUCCACCCACAGGCCGACUACAUCUGCACCGUCUGUAAGCAGGUGGAGAGCGACAUGGUGGAAACCCCGGCCAGCCCCAUCCAGGAAUCCACAGAACCAGAACCAGAACCCACUAUGGAUGUCUUUAUGGCUGUGGUGGAGGAGGAGGCGUCCAAGCCCUCGGCUGGAGGAGGAGGAGGCGCGUCCAAGCCCUCGGCUGGAGGAGGAGGAGGCGCGUCCAAGCCCUCGGCUGGAGGAGGGGGAGGCGCGUCCAAGCCCUCGGCUGGAGGAGGGGAGGCGCGUCCAAGCCCUCGGCUGGAGGAGGGGAGGCGCGUCCAAGCCCUCGGCUGGAGGAGGGGGAGGCGCGUCCAAGCCCUCGGCUGGAGGAGGGGGAGGCGCGUCCAAGCCCUCGGCUGGAGGAGGGGAGGCGCGUCCAAGCCCUCGGCUGGAGGAGGGGAGGCGCGUCCAAGCCCUCGGCUGGAGGAGGGGGAGGCGCGUCCAAGCCCUCGGCUGGAGGAGGGGAGGCGCGUCAAGCCCUCGGCUGGAGGAGGGGAGGCGCGUCCAAGCCCUCGGCUGGAGGAGGGGAGGCGCGUCCAAGCCCCUCGGCUGGAGGAGGGGAGGCGCGUCCAAGCCCUCGGCUGGAGGAGGGGGAGGCGCGUCCAAGCCCUCGGCUGGAGGAGGGGGAGGCGCGUCCAAGCCCUCGGCUGGAGGAGGGGGAGGCGCGUCCAAGCCCUCGGCUGGAGGAGGGGGAGGCGCGUCCAAGCCCUCGGCUGGAGGAGGGGAGGCGCGUCCAAGCCCUCGGCUGGAGGAGGGGGAGGCGCGUCCAAGCCCUCGGCUGGAGGAGGGGGAGGCGCGUCCAAGCCCUCGGCUGGAGGAGGGGGAGGCGCGUCCAGGCCCCCGGCUGGAGGAGGGGGAGGCGCGUCCAGGCCCCCGGCUGGAGGAGGGGGAGGCGCGUCCAGGCCCCGGCUGGAGGAGGGGAGGCGCGUCCAGGCCCCCGGCUGGAGGAGGGGAGGCGCGUCCAGGCCCCCGGCUGGAGGAGGGGAGGCGCGUCCAGGCCCCCGGCUGGAGGGGGAGGAGGAGGCGCGUCCAGGCCCCCGGCUGGAGGGGGAGGAGGAGGCGCGUCCAGGCCCCCGGCUGGAGGGGGAGGAGGCGGCGCGUCCAGGCCCCCGGCUGGAGGAGGGGGAGGCGCGUCCAGGCCCCGGCUGGAGGAGGGGAGGCGCGUCCAGGCCCCCGGCUGGAGGGGAGGAGGAGGCGCGUCCAGGCCCCCGGCUGGAGGGGGAGGAGGAGGCGCGUCCAGGCCCCCGGCUGGAGGGGGAGGAGGAGGCGCGUCCAGGCCCCCGGCUGGAGGGGGAGGAGGCGGCGCGUCCAGGCCCCCGGCUGGAGGGGGAGGAGGCGGCGCGUCCAGGUCCUCGGCUGGAGGAGGAGGCGCGUCCAGGCAAUCGGCUGGAGGAGGCGCGUCCAGGCAAUCGGCUGGAGGAGGAGGCGCGUCCAGGCCCUCGGCUGGAGGGGGAGGAGGAGGCGCGUCCAGGCAAUCGGCUGGAGGAGGAGGCGCGUCCAGGCCCUCUAAAGGAGCCUAAAGUGUCUCCAUCAGGUGUUGAACUGGCGCAGGAGAUUCAGGUGACCGUUACCCUGACGGAGGGCCGGGAGUCUCCACAGAGGUCUGGAACUCUAGAGGACGUGUCACCGCUCGCCUCCCAGAGUCCCGCCUCACCCGUGGACGAUUUCCAACAGGAACUGGAAAUAUCAGACUCUUUACAAACGGAAAAAGGAGACUACUGA